AUGGAUGGGGGCAAGCAGCUAAAGGUCACCCUUGUUUUCAGCCUGCUGCUCGUUUUUCAGUUCUGUGCCGGGGACAAUGUCACUGAUUACUACGACUCCAACAGCACCAUCGACUACAGCAUGUUCGAGUCCCUGUGUGAGAAGGAGGAGGUCCGAAACUUCCGUGCUGCCUUCCUCCCGGCCAUGUACAGCCUCAUCUGCUUCAUGGGGCUGCUGGGGAACGGGCUGGUCAUGCUCACCUACAUCUACUUCAAGAGGCUGAAGACCAUGACAGACAUCUACUUGCUGAACCUGGCUGCAGCAGACAUCCUCUUCCUGCUGACCCUUCCCUUCUGGGCCACGAGUGCAGCCAUGCACUGGUUCUUUGGGAGCAUUGCCUGCAAAGCUGUCUACUGCAUCUGCAAAAUGAGUUUCUUCAGUGGGAUGCUGCUCCUCCUGUCCAUCAGCAUCGACAGGUACUUUGCCAUUGUCCAGGCAGCCUCAGCCCAUCGCCUGCGGCCCCGGAUGAUCUUCAUCAGCAAGGUGACCUGCAUCAUCAUCUGGCUCCUGGCCUUCAUCCUCUCCAUCCCUGAGCUGGUUCACAGUGGUGUGAACAACUCAGAGAGCAAUCCCCGUUGUUCCAUCAUUGCUGAUGACUUGCAGACCUUCAACACUGGCAUCAAAGUGUCCCAAAUGGUGUUUGGCUUCUUAAUUCCCCUCCUGGUCAUGUCUUUCUGCUACCUCAUCAUCAUCAAAACGUUGCUCCAGGCCCGCAACUUUGAGAAGAACAAAGCCAUCAAGGUCAUCAUCGCCGUGGUCAUCGUCUUUGUUGUCUUCCAGCUGCCCUACAACGGUGUCAUGCUGGCCAAGACCAUCUCAGCCUUCAACCAGACCAGCUCGUGUGAGGAGAGCAAGAAGCUGGAUGUGGCAGAUGAUGUGACCUACACCCUGGCCUGCUUCCGAUGCUGCCUCAACCCGUUCCUCUACGCCUUCAUCGGCGUCAAAUUCCGCACCGACCUCUUCAAGCUGCUGAAGGAGCUGGGCUGCCUGAGCCAGGAGCGCCUCUGGCAGCUCACCUCGUGCCGCGACAACAAGAGGAGCUCCUUCGCCAUGGAGACAGAGACAACCACCACCUUCUCCCCGUGA